UUUCUCUCUCUCCACGUCUGAGUGUCUCUCGUGUCCUCCCCAUUUCCCUGCUUUGUUUUCAUUGUCGCUCUCUGAACAUGGCUACUCACUCUACCGAAGAACCGUUCCCCUUCCACGGACUGCUACCCAAGAAAGAAACCGGCGCAGCUUCUUUCCUCACCAGGUUCCCAGAGUACGAUGGCCGUGGCGUGCUCAUCGCCAUCCUCGACACCGGUGUGGAUCCCGGGGCCCCCGGCAUGCAGGUCACAACCGAGGGCAAGCCAAAGAUCAUUGAUAUCAUCGAUACCACGGGCAGUGGUGACGUGAACAUGAGUACAGUGGUGGAACCUAAAGAUGGAACAAUCACAGGCCUUUCUGGAAGAACACUCAACAUUCCCUUGGCCUGGGUCAAUCCGUCAGGGAAGUAUCGCAUUGGAGUUAAAAAUGGCUACGAGUUCUUCCCUAAGGCUCUUAAAGAGAGAAUACAGAAAGAGAGAAAGGAAAAAAUGUGGGACCCAUCACACAGAACAGCACAGGCUGAGGUGGCCCGCAAGACAGAGGAGUUUGACCUGUCCCACCCCACACCCUCCCAGAUGGAGAAGUUGCAGAAAGAAGAGUUACAAUGUCAGUCGGAGCUGCUAGCAUCGCUAGAAAAGAAGUACACUGAUCCUGGUCCAGUGUACGACUGUGUGUUAUGGAAUGAUGGCAACACAUGGAGGGCUGUAGUGGACACGUCCGAGUGUGGAGAGUUGUCCCAGUGCACGGUGCUGAGCUCCUACAGGGAGACACAGCAGUACGCCACCUUAGGGAACGCAGAGAUGCUGAACUACUCCGUUAAUAUUUAUGAUGAGGGGAACACACUCUGCAUCGUCACAAGUGGAGGGGCUCAUGGGACACAUGUGGCAAGCAUAGCAGCAGGUUACCUUCCAGAGGAACCAGAGCGCAAUGGCAUUGCCCCCGGUGCCCAAAUCCUUGCUCUGAAGAUUGGAGACACGCGACUCAGCACCAUGGAAACAGGGACAGGACUUAUCCGCGCGAUGAUCGAAGUCAUCAACUACAAGUGUGACCUGGUGAACUACAGCUACGGCGAGGCCACUCACUGGCCAAAUUCAGGGAGGAUCUGUGAAGUGAUCAACGAGGCUGUACAGAAGCACAACGUCAUAUUUGUUUCAAGUGCAGGAAACAACGGUCCCUGUCUGUCUACAGUCGGCUGUCCAGGAGGAACCACUAGUAGUGUCAUAGGUGUGGGAGCGUACGUGACCCCAGACAUGAUGGUGGCAGAAUAUUCGCUGAGGGAAAAGCUGCCCCCAAACCAGUACACCUGGUCGUCCAGGGGCCCCAGUACAGAUGGAGCCCUCGGGGUCAGCAUCAGUGCCCCUGGUGGUGCAAUCGCAUCGGUUCCCAACUGGACGCUGCGAGGUACUCAGCUGAUGAACGGCACGUCCAUGUCAUCGCCUAAUGCCUGUGGAGGCAUCGCACUAAUCCUCUCAGGACUGAAGCAGAAUGGCAUCAGUCCGUCUGUUCCUGUUGUGAGGAGAGCUCUGGAAAACACAGCCUUGAAAGUUGAGGACAUUGAAGGAUUUGCACAAGGCCAUGGAAUAAUCCAGGUAGAAAAGGCGUUAGACUACCUCACUCAACAUGCGUCUUUACCCACAAGUCACCUCGGCUUCUCAGUAAGUGUGGGACAACAGAGAGGCAUCUACCUCAGGGACCCGAGCCAAGUUCUUGCCCCUUCAGACCAUGGAGUAGGGAUCGAACCGUGCUUCCCAGAGAAUGCAGAAAACUCUGAGAGAAUCUCCUUGCAGCUUCAUUUGGCCCUCACGUGUUCUGCUCCAUGGGUUCAGUGCCCGUCCCACUUAGAGCUGAUGAACCAGUGUCGUCACGUCAACGUCCGCAUCGAUCCUGUCGGCUUACGAGAGGGAGUUCAUUACACGGAGGUUUGUGGCUAUGACACAGCAGCGUCCUCCUGUGGUCCACUCUUCAGAAUCCCGAUCACUGUUAUUGUUCCGGCCAAAGUUACAGACAGUCGUCAUCAGGAAAUGUGUUUCAAAGACGUGCAUUUCAGAUCCGGGCAGAUCAGGCGCCAUUUUAUCAGCGUUCCUCAGGGAGCCUCCUGGGCAGAGAUCACGCUGACAUCUCAUUCAGGAGACGUAUCGUCCAAGUUUGUCCUCCACGCAGUACACCUUGUCAAACAGAAGGCGUACAGAGCUAAUGAAUUCUACAAAUUCUCCUCACUGUUGGAAAGAGGCUCUCUGACCGAGGCCUUUCCUGUUCUGUCUGGUAAAAUCAUAGAGUUGUGCAUUGCCCGCUGGUGGGCGAGUCUGGGUGACGUCGUGGUGGACUACAGCAUCUCCUUCCAUGGCCUCCGCACUUCUCCUUCCCCACUGCACAUACAUGCCUCAGAGGGGGUGACGGGUUUUGAUGUAUCGUCACCGCUGAGGUACGAGGAGGUGUCGCCGACAAUUACCCUGAAGUCCUGGGUCCAACCUCUGAGACCUGUCAGUUCAAAGAUCAAAGCCUUGGGUUCCAGGGACGUUCUCCCCAACAGCAGACAACUUUAUGAGAUUGUGCUCACCUACAGCUUUCACCAGCCCAAGAUUGGAGAAGUUACCCCCAGCUGCCCCAUGCUCUGUGAGCUGCUGUACGAGUCUGAGUUUGACAGUCAGCUGUGGAUGCUGUUUGAUCAGAACAAGAGGUUACUGGGCUCGGGAGAUGCUUACCCACACCAGUACUCCCUAAAGCUAGAAAAGGGCGACUACACGGUGCGCCUGCAAGUCCGUCACGAGCAGUGCAGUGAGCUGGAGCGCCUGAAGGACCUGCCCUUCGUGGUGUCUCACCGCCUGUCCACCACACUCAGUCUAGAUGUUUACGAGACACAUCGCGCAGCUCUCAUGGCCAAAAAAAAGGCGAACUCCGUCACCCUGUCUCCAGGUGCCAUCCAGCCGUUCUACGUCACAUCGCUGCCAGAUGACAAGAUCCCUAAGGGGACCAGUCCAGGCUGCUACCUCUCAGGGUCACUCGUCGUCCCCAAAAGCGAGUAUGGCAAGAAAGCAGGGCAGGCCUCUGCAAAACGACAAGGAAAGUUUAAAAAGGACAUUGUCCCAGUGGUGUACCAUUUAAUCACGGCUCCCAAUAAAUCAAAGAACGGAGGGAAGGAGAAGGACAAGGAGGGAGACAAAGACAAGGAUGCGAAGGAAGAGUUUGCCGAAGCCGUGAGAGACCUGAAGAUUCAGUGGAUGACAAAGUUAGAGUCCGGGUCCAUCUAUGAAGAACUGAUAGAAAGCUACCCAGAUUAUCUUCCUCUGUACGUUCAAAGGCUGCACCAGCUGGACUCAGAGAAGGAACGUGUCAAACGUCUGAAGGAAGUGGUUUCAGCAGCAGACAUUGUCAUCUCCCACAUCGACCAGACAGCACUGGCCGUUUAUUUCACCAUGAAGACGGACCCUCGGGCUGAAGCCGCUUCAAUUAAAGUUGACAUGGAGAAACAGAAGUCAUCUCUGCUGGACGCACUGUGUAGAAAAGGCUGUGCUCUGGCAGACCAGAUCUUGCUGCCCACUGUCCCUCCACAAGAGGGUGCUGGUGCCCCUAAUGCUGUGCAUGUAGCAGCAGACGUAGUGGAAGUGGCAGCAGCAGAGGAGGGUGUGGAACAGGUGUCCUGCAGCUCUGAUGAAUCUCUUCACAAUGAGGCCAAGGCUCUGAUGGAUACUUUUUGGGAAGUGCAGAAGUGGGCGGAGCUAACAGACUCUAAAGUCCUGAUGUUUUCGUAUAAACACGCUCUCGCAAACAAAAUGUACGGCCGAGCCUUGAAGUAUGCCUCAAAGAUGGUGGAGGAGAAGCCCAGCAAAGAGAACAUGAAGAACUGCUUCCAGCUGAUGAGACAUCUACGAUGGACACACUGUGCUACCUUCAGUGAGAACUGGCUCCCUGUUAUGUUCCCCCCUGACUACACACCUUUCUAGGCUCUCUCACACACACACACACACACACAUACACACACACACACACAGUCCCACACUCACACAUACCCACCCACACAGACAGACAAACAGUCAUGAAGAGACAGCUUUGCCAUACACUGUCAAUCACGUUGGAAGUCCUGUACGACGUCCCUCAGGGUCUCACCGUCUAUGCACUCACUCUGGACACAAAACCAAUCCAUCUCAAUGGUCUGAUGCACUGCAUGGCUUCUCAUGUGGACGCCCUGAGUCCACGGUGUUGUCCAACCACGUAGCUGCAUCGGCCACGAGCUGCAGAUGUUCUUGCUCCAGCAUGGUGACACAGUAGUUCAGUAGAACCCCAGCUGUCUUUACGUCCUUGUCCUCGUCACGUACUAAAGCUUACGACCCCACCUAUCCCCCGUCGCUGGCUGGACGCUGGACUUUCAACAAAAGAUAAGCUCAGUGGCAGCUGUAAAUACCCCCCAAAAAUACUCCUAGAGAACCGUGACCACUACACACAAACACAACAGGACAAUAGCAGAUGGAGAUGAUGGAAAGAGUCUGACUGCAGACGUUCGGACUCUUGAGGAAUCCGGUCACAGAUUUUGAAAUAGAAACUUUGUUAUAACUUGCAGUAGGAAUAUAAAUGUUUCUGGUUGUUUUUCUGUCUCCGUCCGACAAACACAGACACAGCCUCAGAGUACUUCAAAGAGCUAAGGUGCCUUUUAUUACUUGUACCUUAUUUUCACUGAUGGGCCAAAGAGGAGGCAGAGAGGGUUUGAUGACACACCGCUGCAGAAUCACAGCCUUAGUCGUCACUCUUAACUCAUGCAGCCGUCCCACUCAUCAGCCAUUGUGGUCAAAUGUGGAAUUACAGCUCAAUAGUGGGAUGUGUCACAGUGUGCAGGCUGCAGACACUCUUCCUCUGUGUUCACCUGAGGUGAUGGUUCUCUUUGUUUGUUUUUGUAGUGUGGUUGCUAAGACAUUCAUUAAGUCUCGAUUUGCACUUUGUUAUUUUCUACUGAAGGACAAUUGUCACCGACACAUUCACAGCUACAGCUUCAAAUCUUCACCAGACUUCAUUUAAAACUUUAUUUAAAAAGGAAAAUGAAACUGCAAAUCAGUGCAGCAUUACUCCCCAUGCUGCACUUUGAUCCACUAACUCUAUGAAACUAAAUUAUAAGCUAAACUUUGGUCAGUUUUUCUUGACAUUUUUCUGUAUUCAAAAUUCAAUUUGAAUUAGCGACAAAAAAACAGGUGAGAAACACUGACACCUAGCGGCUAUUAUUGGUCUUUCUGAAGAAAAAAGAUUUAUAUUUAUAUUUCUUGUUUUUUAAGGAUUAAUUAUAAUCACAUCUGGGAUUACGCCACACACUUUCUGUUUGAUCAGAUUUAAAAUUUAAAUUGUUUGACAUUUUAUGACAUACACCUUCAGUCAGCCACUCUAUAAUAGAAAAAAAACAAAACAGAAUCUUCCACUUUACCUUGGAGCGUUGCUCACGCUUAUCUCGCUGCAGUGACCUGAGUGCCACAUUUCACUUCCUUCAAACAGACCUCACUCGGAACCGAUGCAGCGUUAACCCAUCCGUCUUUGUGCAGGUGUUGACAGAGUCAUAAAUGUUGUUGUUUUUUUCUGCAGCGUUCUACAUAAAUGUAACACUUGUAAACACUGUCACUAAAUGAUGUACAGACACCGCAGAAAUAUUACAAUGCAAUAGGUCUAUCAUACAAAUGUUAUACUAAUUAAUGUAUUUUGCAUAUAUGCAUGUCUCCUACGGCUGUGGGGAGCGGGGGUUAUUUUAAUCAGAUUUUACUUGGUUUCACUGUGUACAUUUUUUAUUUACAACAAGAUAUUGACAACUUUCACUUUCUUAGUGUGUUUGCAGCUGAUUUUGUUUUUGUUUUGUGUUGUGUGUGUACAUAUAUAUUCCAUGUUCGUAAGCAAAGCUGAAACAAUAGCCAUGUUGAUGAGA